CAAAAUCAUUCUUACCUUCCACCAUCAUCAGACAACGUCCUUUCUCCACUUCAUCAUCAAAAAUGAGUCAAACAUUAUCAGCCGAAUUCGGAACGGCACAUGUGGCACAUGGUGUUGGUCGUCUAACACCAAUGAUCAUGAGCAAAGCAAAAGGUGUUCAUGUUUGGGAUGAAAAGGAUAACAAAUAUUUGGAUAUGACUUGUGGUAUCGGUGUGACAAAUCUUGGUCAUUGCCACGAAGGCGUUACCAAAGCAGCACAAGAACAAUGUGCAACAAUGGUUCAUGCUCAAGUGAAUAUCGGUUUCUCAGCUGCUUAUUUACGUUUAUUAGAAAAGUUCUUACCUCAUUUGGCAAACGUACAUCCUUCUCUUGAUUCAGUGUUCUUAUGGAACAGUGGAGCAGAAGCUGUUGAAGCAAGUGUUAAAUUGGCUCGUGCUGCAACGAAGAAACAAAAUAUUAUCGUCAUGCAAGGAUCUUAUCAUGGUCGUACGAUGGGAACAAUGGCAAUGACAAAAUCCAAAACAAUUUAUGGUUUAGGCUUUGGACCUUUGAUGCCUGGUGUAUUCUCAACUCCAUUCCCAUAUUAUUCUCAAUUCGGAUUGCCAGAAUCAACACCUCAAUCUGAAUUAAUUUCAUCUUCAUUGCAUCAACUCGAACUUGUUUUGGCUCAACAAACAGCACCUACCGACACAGCCGCAAUCAUCUUGGAACCAGUUCUAGGUGAAGGUGGAUAUGUCCCUGCUCCUGAUGCAUUCUUACACGGACUACGUAAGAUUUGCGAUAAAUACGAUAUCCUAUUGAUCGCCGAUGAAGUUCAAUGCGGUAUGGGUAGAACAGGUAAGAUGUUCUAUUCAGAAUACAGUGGAGUUCGUCCCGAUAUCAUCGUUUUCGCAAAAGGUAUCGCAAACGGUUUCCCAUUGAGUGGUAUCGCAAGUCGUAAAGAAUUGAUGGAUUUGCAAAAGCCAGGAACGAUGGGAGGCACGUAUGGUGGAAAUGCAGUCGCAUGUGCAGCUGCAAGGGCAGUUUUGACAGCGUUUGAAGAAGAGAAAAUCUUAGACAACGUUGCCGGAAGAAGCAAGCAAGUCUUUGACUUCUUGGACAAAUUCCAAAAGACACCUGCCGGUAGUGUGAUUCAAGAAGUUCGUGGAAGAGGAGGAUUGAUGGUUGGCAUUCAAUUUGCCAAUCCAAAAAUGCAAGAAGCACAACAAGCUCAUUCAACUGCAGGCUUGAAUGCAAGCUCACAUAACACAACAGCAGCUGAAGCAUGGCAAUAUCAUCCUUCUGACGCAGGUGAACAGCUAGCUCCUAAAGUUGUACAAGCAUGCAUCAAGCGUAAGAUGUUAAUCUUGAGCACAAGUUGCUUCGAUGUAAUCCGAAUGAUUCCACCACUCAAUGUUACCGAACAAGAAAUGCAACAAGGAUUGGAGAUCUUUGCUGAAGCUGUAACGGAAGUUGCAGCAGCUGCAGGUGUUAAAGGUGCUUGAUAUAUGAUGUACUCCAGAAUAAAGAAGAUCGAAUGAUAAUGUAUAUAUAGUCUAUCACAGUUC